AAAGUCGGAAAAAGAAGAAAGACGAAACGCGGAAGUUAGCAAGAGAUCACGGGGAAGAUGUGUAGUGAGCUUGUCAAGUAUGUUUACGCUUUUGCUAUUUUGUCGGUGCCAUUCAUUGUAUGUGGUAAGCACAGCAAACGUUCCUAAAUAAUCCCUUCAAAACUCGACUCGGUACACUUUGAAGCUUCUCGACUUAUUUUAGUUUAGUUGGCUUGUUGCAAACAAAGUGACGCGGAAGUAAGCAAAACGUCGCGAAAGUGUGUGUGUGUGUGUGUGAGAGAGAGAGAGAGAGAGUGUAGUGAUUGUGCGACAAGAAUGACAACACCAUACGAGGAGGAACUUUCACCAACAAAAGACAACGAGCGACAACGUCAACUACUGGACGCUGUUUUCAAGCCCCAAGAUGAACCACACCGAGCAGAUGUCAGUAAAGAAGAUCAGCCGGAGUGGCGCUCCAGGGUAGAGCAGCAGGAGCCAGAGCCCCACCACGUAAAGGAGGAAGAGGAGGAGGCUGAUAUCACAAAGCUGCCAUUUCAUCGUGUAAUUGUGAAGAGUGAAGAUGAUGAAGACAAAGGUCAACGUGAGGCGAACAUUGUGACGCCUCAGAGCAGCGGUUUAAGUCAACACAUGACAUCAGAGAGUGAUGGAGAGCACUGCGGAGGAUCACAAGCAGAUAGUGACGACACAGCGUACUCUCCGGACACUGAUGAUGAAGGUGAUGCGACAUGUCACAUGGACAAGAAAAACUCAAAAUGUUCUCGGUGUGGGAAAACCUUUGGAAACAGCUAUUAUUUGAAAAGACACAUGAGGACCCACACUGGAGAGAAACCGUUCCUCUGCAUGGUCUGUGGUAAAAGAUUCUUGAUAAAAGGACAUAUGAUUAUACACAAUAGAAUACACACUGGAGAAAAACCUUAUUCCUGCUCAGUGUGCCACAAAAGUUUUUCUCAUCAGUCAGCAUUUAUUCGACACAAAAGGACACACACCAGUGAGAAGCCUUUUACUUGCUCAACAUGUGGUAAAAGUUUCACUCUGGGGGAAAGUUUGAAAACGCACAAAAGAACUCACACUGGAGAGAAACCAUAUUCCUGUCGAGUCUGCAACAAAGGCUUUUAUGAUCGCUCAGCAUUUGUUCGACACACAAGGAUACACACUGGCGAGAAGCCUUUUACCUGCUCAGUGUGUGGUAUCCAAUUAGCGCAAAAGUCACAUUUAACUACGCACAUGAGAACACACACUGGUGAGAAAGUAUUCAGUUGCAGUGUGUGUGAUCAAAGAUUCUCUUACAAGUAUCAAGUUGACAAACAUAGGUGUGCUGGUGAAGAACAGCAGCAGUAAAUACGGGUCUUUAAAUAAACUUGAAGACUUUGAAUUUGGGCGGCGUGGUGGCCAACUCUGCUACAGCGUUCUGAGGACCCGGUUUCAAAUCUGGCCACGCCUGUGUGGCAUUUGCAUGUACUCACCGUACCUGCGUGGGUUUUCUACGAGUACUCUGGACUUUUCAUUUCGGCAACUAGUUUUGUUGCGAUUCGAAAUUGAAAUCACGGGUGAAUGGUGUUGUAACGUCGCAGAUGUAAAGCUCAAUCAGUAAGGCCUAUCAUUGCUAACACCCCCAUUGAUUUACCAUUGCCAUUUACAGUAAGUAGCCACACUCUUUCCUUUACGUUUUCCCCUUUUUGUUUUUAUUAUCGCAACAGUGACCAGGGCAGUUUGCUUGUUCCUUGACAAUCGUGCCAUGUUUUUUGCAGUUCAAUAAAAAAAUAAUACAGUACAGUAUAUGAGGAGGCCUUUAACGUUUCCCAAUAAGAACACCAAGAUUUUCCGUUGCAGCGUGUCAGUAGGUGUGCGAUGGGCAGGUCACAAACAACAAAGGGACUGAUUGAAUUACCCGAUGAUACACAGAAAGCUGUCAGAAUACAUCAAAAGAAGUGUGUUUUCUUGCCAUUUGUAUCCUGAUGUAUCUGAUGGAGUAUAAUUGUUCUGGAUUAUUAAAGACCUGUGAUUGAGGGGCAACCUGUCUAUGGUGUUACUCCGCCUGUGUAUUUCUCAGAAAGUUUAAAUGUCCUUAGAAAGUGAGUGAAAACAAUAAAGCAGGCAAUGUACACAAUCCUGCUAGAGGUUAUGUAAACAACACUCAUUCUACUAUAGUAGUACGAAUAAAGGAUACAGUUUUCAAAAGAAGAAAAAACAUCCUCUUAUAAGGUUGAAAAUAUAUACUGUAGUAUGAAGAUGUAAUGGUAGGAGUAGCAGUGAGCCUGAUAAAAAAAUCAAGAUGGUCACAUUGGGUGCAAGAUGGUUUUGUGUGUGGUACUGUGUCCUGUUAUAAUCCAAUAUUGUGUGUAACAAUGCAAGCAUGCAAUGCAUUUUGUUCAUCUCGUGAUUUGUAAUCGUUUUAGAAGAAAAUAAGCAUUGACAGGAAUUCAUGAGACUGAAUUGAAACCGCAUUUAUGUUAUGUUAGAUGAUGUAACACAAGAAAUUUUUGCUCAUCUGCAUAGAAGUUUAAUUCUCUCCAAAUGAUGUGUCUGCAAAAUGAAAGCAGCAAGGACAUGAGUCUACUGUCGGGGUUUGGUGUGAAGACAGAGGAGGUGCAAGAGAAGUGUUUGAAUGUGACUACCGUAGUUUCACGACCAUAGGGUGCACCGUAUUUUGUUAAAGUGGAAGAUUUUUUUAUGAAAAAUAAAUAAAUAAAAAUGUUUUUUUUCACUGCUGUAA